UGUGGACCGCGAACAUCCACUCUCAGUGUCGAAGAUGUGAGACUCUGACAGCAUCCAUUCAUUCGGGACGCGCUGGAAAUAAGGAUACUUAAACAUUUGUGCGCUUGAACGACACGCACUCUGGCGUAGCUCACGUUUGCAUCAACUAAUUGUUGCUUUUCAAACGCGAAUCGCUCCCCGCUGGCUUCAGUUCCAGCUCUGCAGCAUCCUUGCAGAGUUGCCUCCGCGGCUCUUUCACAAGACUGCAUUUAGGAACCGAGGACCGGGCUUCUGGAUCAGCAUCCGAAGGUCUCAUUCAUCAUGGAAUAAAUGAUCUGAAACUACAAGGGGGAAAAAAAAAGUUUGUUUCCCCCCUGCGUGCCUGAACGCCUGUUUUUCGGCGCUUAUAAAGGCUGAUGCGAGGAGCCUUAUUAAAAGGCAGGAAUCACGAAUGUGGCGUGCAGAUGAGGGAUCGUGCUCAGCGCGGAGCUGUUCACCUGGAAUACCUAAAGCUCUCCAAUGACGACGCUGCUGCAUGAACUUAGAAGCACUGUUGCAUGUUUUUCGCCACUGAUAUUCCGGCCCCUGCGGCCUUUCCCGAUGAUUUAUGUCAUUUAUAAACGCAAUCGCCGCUGAUUUCAAGUCCUGAGUGCAUUUAACCCCCCGAAGCAGCAGCAGCAGCAGCAGUGGGAGGCUCCAUGCGCCUGUCUCCUCAAGAGGAUGCCCGACUCUAAAUAAUGCACGGGACUCGGAGGAUUUCCUGACCAAGGAUGACAUUUGGUUAAGCACAGUCUCCGCGCUUCUUCUUUUUUUUUGUUUCUUUCUUUCCUUUGUUUCCCCCCCUUUGUUUUUUUUUUUUUUUUUUUUUUAUAUCAUCAAAAAGCUGCAUCAAGAUCCGACCUCCGCUCCGCCGAACUAUAGACUCUCGGUUUUUUUUAGACUCGGUUCGGGGAGAUGGCUGCGAUCGCCAGCUCCCUGAUCCGGCAGAAACGCCAGGCGAGGGAGUCCAACAGCGACCGGGUGUCCACGUCCAAGCGGCGCCCCAGCCCCAGCAAAGACCCCCGCUCUCUGUGCGAGAGGCAUUUUCUGGGGGUCUUCAGCAAAGUCCGCUUCUGCAGCGGCAAGAAAAGACCCGUUCGGCGGCGACCAGAUGCACCCUCGAAAUCUCCACAGGUGUCCCAUAAGGGCUGCAGGCUAGAGCCACAGCUGAAAGGCAUCGUGACACGACUGUUCAGCCAGCAGGGCUUCUACCUGCAGAUGCAGCCGGAUGGAACCAUCGACGGCAGCAAGGACGAGAACAGCGACAACACUCUGUUUAAUCUUAUUCCCGUGGGUCUGAGAGUGGUGGCCAUCCAGGGGGUGAAGAGUGGCCUCUACAUAGGCAUGAAUGGCGAAGGCAUGCUCUACAGCUCGGAGAUGUUCACGCCGGAGUGUAAGUUCAAGGAGUCGGUUUUUGAGAACUACUAUGUCAUCUACUCGUCCACUGUGUACCGGCAGCAAGAGUCUGGCCGCGCGUGGUUCCUCGGCCUCACCAAGGAGGGGCAAGUCAUGAAGGGCAACAGGGUCAAGAAGACCAAGCCCUCGUCACACUUUGUGCCCAGACCCAUUGAAGUUUGUAUGUACAGGGAGCCAUCACUGCAUGAGAUAGAAGACAAGCACCGCUCCAGGAAGAGCUCAGGGACUCCCACCAUGAAUGGAGGGAAAGCUGUCAAUCAGGACUCCACAUAGCACCGGGGAGACGGGCUUUCAGCGGGGCGGGGGGAGGAGUGGCCUCGUCCUGACCCACGGGAAGGGGCCAUGGGAAUACUUCGCACCCCCCCGUCCCACACCCUCCUUCAAAGAUACACGCCACCAUACCCUUUUAAUAAAAAGAGGGUGUUGCAACAGCAACAAGGAGCUACUACUGUUCAGCUGAGACAACAACGAGAACUCUUGCCUGUGAAAACCUUUUAGAUGAAUUCAUAUAUAUAUAUAUGAAGAUGUGACUAAUAUUUUAUGCAAAAAAGGGAAAAAAGAAAAAGAAAAAGCUGUGAUAAACAUACAAAGAAAUGGUGGUCUCCCUUCACACAGACACAAAUAUUUGUCAUUUCCAAUUUAUGCUGUGAAAAAAGCUUUAAUACAUGUUAAAUUUUCUUACGUUAUCAUUUUUUCUUAAAUGCUUCUGCACUCAUGUAUGUUUUAUUGUUUUAUUUUUUUCAAUAAUAAUGAUACCAUUGUCAUUAUAUUAUAUCAUAUCAUCAUUAUUAAUAUGUUGAGUGUCAUCCCAGUUCCUGUCAUGUUAAUUCUGGCUCUAUUUUGCAUUGACACUGAUUUUAUUUUUAGUUGCUCAUGCUUUUUCGUUCAUUGUUUUCGAGGGCAUAGGGUGGGAUGUCAUUUUACUCAGGUGUGUACUGUACAUCAGAAGAAUGCGACUUAUAGGAAACAAACUCCCUCAUGUUGUCCUACAGUAGCAGGACAGAACUAAUACAAGCAAUAUAACAGAGGGCAAUCUUGUAUGUUUCUAAAUAGUACUAAUAGCAAACUGAAAAAUAGGACUGCUGGAGUGUUUUGGUGUGUUUGAGGAAAAGACUGGUGAAGUAAGUUGUAUAAGUAGGUCAAUGCCAGAAUAAAAGGAAACCUGUUUCAAUGUAGUUUCAAUAUGAUCUUAACAUUGCAAGUAUGAUUAGAUUACAAAUGAAGAGAUGCGCAAACUUGUUCAAAUAAAGAAAGUGUAGCUCUCGAGCUGAGGGGAAGAUCAUAACCAGCAUCAGCACUAUGAGCCAUGGCCAAAAGAGUCACUGUAGAUUUGCACCUCAAGAAACACGGAUCCUGUUUUUUUUUUCUGUUGUUACAGCGACUGUUAAAAUGUAAAUAUAUUGUAUUCAUGCUCAUGAAGAAAAAACUACAUGGAUAAACGGGGAAACGGUCUGAUUGAAUUUGACAGAAGUUUUUUCUUAGGCUGAGAAAGUAACUGAAAUUGUUUUUGAAGGCUUGGUACUGAAGGGUUGUGUUGGUGAAUUUUCAAGCUACACCAUUUGUGUUACUGUUUUUGUUCAAUCAUUAGAUGGUUUUCAGCACUGGUGGACAGGGUGCCCGACUGUUUAAUACAAUUAUUUAAUUAAAUUACUGGCCUGACAUGCUGACAUUAUCAACACGAUUAUCACAACCCUCCCAUCAGAAAGGCAUUUAGCCAAGUUCAAGGAGGAUUUGAGGUCUGUUUUCUUUCUAAAACGGUAACACUUAAAGUCUCCUUCCCCCUGGCUUCGUGACCGAUAAUAUGAGCCAUUUGCUGCACUGUGGAGAGGAGCUUCUCUUUAAUAGAUCAACAUACUGACGGGGCUGUUUAAACAAGGUGACUUGACUGGUGCACCUCUUAAACUGUGCACGAUGCUGAGCUCAUUCCUAAUCCCAAAUUAGUUUUUCUAACUCAGGAAGUCCUAAAGUCGUUCAGUAAAUGGGGUCAGGAGUGAAGGAUUGCCUCUCAUUGUCAAGCACUUGUUGCACAACGAUAUUUGAGGUCUAGGUGUGAUGCAAUACUGCUAACUUGAAAAGGUAGGGAAAUAUGUGAGACAAAGCAUGAUCAUCGCAUGACUGUAAAAGUUGAUUUUUCUUUGAAUUUGGGGGUGUUAGGUCCAAAACUUUUGUAUGCAACAAUUUGAUCAGUAUUUUAGUGAGAGUUUAUAUAUCUCUCCUACUGUAUAUCUGGUUGGAAAUCAUUUGCUAUGUUGGUGAUAUGUACAGUUAAUAGCACACAUUCAGUUGUACAGAACAAAUAAUGAUAUAUCAACUUGGAUCCGGGAGGGUCUUCCACCUGGAUUCCAGGUCCUCAGCUGAUGCAAGUUACCUGCAAGAGCUAAUGGUAGAUUAGUUCAACUUCCACACCACCUACUGCAUUAAAGUGAUUCAUACAUAAUAGAUGAGACACUGAAAGUCAACAGGCAAGACCAGCAAAUAAUUAUCUUUUUACAGAGGUUUAUAUUGGUGCAAAUGAGAUACAUAUGGACUUAAAGUAAUGCAUGAAACUGAAUAUGAAUGUUGUCAUCUGACUGAUGAAUGAAAGGAUUUGAAAAUAAGAGAAGGAAUAAAGGAGGUGAAAGCUGAUGGGAGAAAACAGCAACGCAAAGCACUUUUCCGUGGGUUUAUUGAUGUAUGAUAGAGUGAGCAAAGGCUUUUGGUUGGAUGAGAUAUUGAAUAUAAUUUCAUAUUUUUGUGUUUGCAGAGGAUUCCACUGCAUUGGAACACACUCAUAUAUGCAUAAUGAAUUGUGAGAUGACAUUAAAAAAAAUGCAUUGAUUAUAAAAUUCAGAAUGACGUUAGUGAUUGUUUAAGAA